AUGUGUACACAAAUCGGUGAGAUGAUUGAUUUGUUUAUACUCGCUCUCAUCGCCGGAUUUAUUACGGUGGCUUAUCUUUUGCGAUCAAAACAGAAGAAGAAGAAUUUACCGCCAAGUCCCUUAGGUUUUCCGGUAAUAGGACACCUACACCUUCUCAAAGAACCUGUUCACCGUUCCCUUCGUGACCUCUCUCGAAACCUCGGCAGCGACGUGUUUUUUCUACGGCUAGGUUCACGUCGAGCGGUUGUUGUGACGUCAGCUUCAGCUGCAGAGGAGUUCUUAUCUCAGGAAAACGAUGUCAUUUUCGCCAACAGGCCUCUGGCUAGUUUAACUGAAUUCAUGGGUUACAACUGCACGAUCGUUAGCGCAGCUCCGUACGGCGAACAUUGGCGGAGACUCCGCCGUUUCUGCUCCAUAAAGAUCUUCUCUGCCGCUUGUCUCAGAGACUCUUCGGAUAUACGGAGAGACGAAGUGAGAGCUCUGCUUCGGAGGAUCCACGUGGAACUGGUAACAUCAGGAGGAAAUGACUUUGUCAGAUUGAAACUCCAGCCGUUGCUUUAUGGACUUACGUUUAACAUCCUUAUGAGCAUAGUCGACGGCAAACGAGAGGAAGACGAUGAAACUAAGGAAGUUCGGGAGCUGAUUAGGGAAGCGUUCGAGUUCUCUGGUGUUAGUUAUGUUGGAGAUUUUCUUCCGAUUCUGAAGCUCUUUGAUCACGAUGGAUACUUAAAGGGAGCGAAGAAACUAUCUUCGAAAUUGGACAAGUUUAUGCAGAAAUUAGUUGACGAGCAUCGGAGAAACAGAGGGAAAACAGAGCUUGAGAAAACGAUGAUCACUCAUUUGCUGUCUCUUCAAGAAUCGGAACCUGAGCAUUACACAGACGAUAUCAUCAAAGGGCUUGUACAGGUGAUAUUGCUUGCCGGAACGGACACAACGGCGGUGACGUUGGAGUGGGCUAUGGCUAACCUUCUAAAUCAUCCAGAGGUUUUAAUGAAACUGAAAACGGAACUAAACAACGUUUCCGUAGAAGGGCGUCUGUUGGAGGAAUCAGAUACUGGCAAGUGUCCGUAUCUGACAAAUGUGAUCUCUGAGACACUCCGUUUGUAUCCGGCGGCGCCGUUACUUGUCCCACACGCUUCAUCCGCUGACAGUGAAGUCGCUGGAUUUGACAUUUCACGUGGCACCUGGCUAUUUGUCAAUGCGUGGGCUAUUCAAAGAGACCCGAGGGUAUGGGAUGACCCGGAAGCUUUCAAACCAGAGAGGUUUGAAUCAGAGACCCAUCGUGGUAAGUAUCUGCCUUUUGGAAUCGGCAGAAGAGCAUGUCCAGGUAUGGGCCUAGCCCAACUUGUACUGAGCUUAGCUUUAGGCUCGUUGAUCCAGUGUUUUGAUUGGGAGAGAGACAAUGAUGUGGCAGUUGACAUGUCGGAAGGAAGGGGUAUUACCAUGCCCAAAGCAGUGCCUUUAGUUGCCAAAUGCAAGUCUUUACCAAUCCUGGACAAAGUUGUUCUUUAACUGAAUCAUCAUUAUCUCCACUUAAAUACUUUGUGUAUUAAGUUAGAUUGAUUAUUAUUAAGCAUAGUUAUAAAUAAAAUAUUAUUUAAUUU